AUAUCAUGAAACAUGCAUGAAAGCAGGUACACGUCGUGCACUACAUCAGACGAUCCAGACUAUCAUUUAAGCUUAAAAUGAUAUCUAUAAGGAACAUUCUUUUCCGUCUUUUCUUUGCAGGUUUUCAUUUUUGCCUAUAAUAAUAAACAAGCAUGUAUUUUUCUAUUUCUCCAUUGACUAUCCUUGCCAGUGCAGCAUUCUUCACUUCUUCUGUCGCCAUGAAUAUAGAGGUAAAUGCAUAUCGCAGUUUCAGUUUGAAUGGCCACUAACAAUAUACCCCUCUAGGCUCGACAAACCCCCGCCCCUUCGUCGACCCCAGCUCCCAGUCCCAUACCCACCACAAAAACUACUCUUGAUGCCACUCAAUCAGCAUCUCAGUCACUAGCAAUACAAUCAGCACUUGCGUCCUAUGCAUCCUCUCUUUCUGCAGCCUCCAUUUCGGCCAUUGCUGCUGGUUCCACGCUCACUGGCCCUAAAGCUUCUGCUGCUGCCAAACCUACCACAGAUACUUCUGGCUCGGGAACGGACACGAACGUGAUGUGGAUAAACAUUGGAUUGGGAUUGGUCGUUACUGGAGUUGGAUUAUUAUGAACGAAUAAUGUCACGGAAAUUCUCAAACAUAUGAAGAAAUUUCGAAUCCUAGAAUGGUCGGCGAGCCAAGCGUGAAAGAGUCGGAGUUCUUGUUCAUUUCUGGAGUUUGGGAGUUAUAUUGAGUCCAUCUGAAAUAUGAAACGUCGAAUAUCGUUCGAAUAUACAAGAUUGUCGCGCAGUCACUAGGUUGGAGGAAUCAUUUAAUGAUCGAAUUCAGAUUCAGAUAUCUAAAGAUAUCGUUGGAUUAUGGAACCCUAUGAGCUGGAAUCAAGCGAUCAAAGCACAAUUUUGGAUUUUCACGGAGGAAAGAGCCACCCUCAGCGGUAUGGACAUAGACAAAAGUGGUAUUCCCGGGUAAAUGGCUGGAUCGGAGUGCACUUCAGCACAUUUAUACGAAUUGGAUGAUAUAUCUAUGGAAUUUUACAAAUGGAGUUUCAGUGAAUAUUGUUGGUUAUGAGGUAGGAGGCUGGAUUUAUUGAUAACAUACUUUCAUCAUUGGGUAAUCAAUAGCCAAUCAAGGAAGGAAGGAGAGAAAAACAAGAAGUUCCUCGUCAACAUCUACUGGCUCUAUCAGUACCAGAAGUCCUUCCUUAUUUGUAUCAGUAUAGAAACAUUUGGUUGCUAUUCCUGACAUUCAUUUCUAUU